CACAACUGGUGGGGACAGGAGACGGAUACCUCCUCUGUCUCCCACAGUUAGAUGUCUAACCUGCACACACAGAGCCUGUCCUGUCCCUCAGAGAAGACAGACACCACCUCAGGAAGCGGACAGUGCAGCGGAGGGACGGACAGUGAUGGCCUCUGUUAAAAAAGACAACAGGCUGACCAGUUCUCAGAGCUUCAUGUGCGUCGGUUUCGCCGGGGUCUUCAGUAAAACCGUCACGUCGCCAUUGGAGGUAGUUAAAAUUAAAAGCCAGGUGGGCACUUUUCACACUAAGGGAGGUUUCCUGCAGAGUUUUCUCUUCAUCUACCAAAAUGAGGGACUUCGAGGGUUUUGGAAAGGAAACCUCGCCUCUUGUCUUCGGCUGUUCCCCUACACCGCAGUCCACCUCACAACAUAUAAAAAGAUAGUCCACCUUCACAUGGAUGAGGUGGGCUUCAUCUCUCAGUGGAGAGCCAUAUUCGCUGGUGGACUGGCUGGCGUCGCUGCUGCUCUGACCACAUACCCUCUGGAGGUGGCAGAAACCAGGCUCAUCUCUCAGAACUGCAGACAGCGCACGUACAUCGGCGUAGUUCACACUCUCUCAAAGAUCUACAGCAAUGAGGGGCUGCUUGCUCUCUACAGAGGCUUCUCCCUCACUUUAUUGGGUGCGUUUCCCUUCUCUGUUGGAUGCUAUGCAGUUUACAUGAACCUGGACAAACUCUGGCAGGAGCCUCCUUUUCGCUUCACUCCCCUGCAGAACUUCAUUAAUGGCUGUCUUGCAGCCGGAGUGGCCCAGACCCUCUCCUACCCGUUUGAAACUGUAAAACGGAAGAUGCAGGCGCAGAGUGCCCGUCUUCCCCAUUUUGGUGGCGUUGAUGUCCAUUUCAGUGGAAUGGUUGACUGUUUCAUGCAGGUUGUAAAAAACAAGGGCAUCCUCUCACUGUGGAAUGGAUUCACCGCCAACACAAUAAAGAUUGUUCCCUACUUUGGCCUUCUCUUCACCUGCUUCGAGAUGUGUAAGCAGGUCUGCCUUUACCGAAACGGGUACAUCGUCUCACCCCUGAGCUACAAGCUUACACCGGGGGUCGACCAGAGCCUUGGGCCAUCCGAGCUGGAGGAGCUCAAGCGCUACUUGAAAAACAGGAACUUUGGGUCAGGGGGGUCGUCUUUUGGAAACCGCUGGUGAAACUUCACAUGAGAAGAAGAAGAAGAAGAAGUCUUUUGAAAAACCCUGACUGCUGACCUCACUUGACCAGCAAAACAAAAUACUUCAGAAUCAUGUGUCUGUAAUAAUCACAUAUCAUUUCAGGUUUCAUGUCCUCAGAGACUGUGUUAACUUGCAUAUACAUUAUGUCCUGUCAGCAGCAACAGUCUACCUCUCUUUCAGAAACAUUAGGCAUUUUUGGACCCCUACGAGGUCCCUUCUUCAUGCAGCCUUGGCAUUUUUACACAGAACCAAACCAUGGCAGCAUCAUGCUGCUCCAGUGUGUGAUUUCCGACAGCAUGCCAAUAUUGCAGAAUCAGAAAAGGCAUGAUGGCCGUGACAUGUCUCUAGUGCGAUAUAACAUUCACGUCGACAGUGCUUUAUAAACAAUAACAAUGGGAUAACAUGGCAAUAAUAAUCAUUUACCAGUCUGUUACAUGGCAGCUGAUCUCGUCCUCUGCUCCAAGGAUAAGGAGCUCCCGAAUCUCAUUGUGCUCCCAAUUUGUGGACCUUUAUGGUAGAUGUUCUUCUUCUUUGAGUUAGUUGCUAACUGCUAACAGCUACUUUUUAAAUCUCCUGUGGUGAAUCGCAAACAUAACAUGUCAUCAAAACAUCACACCAGUGCUGCCCAUGAUCCCGUCCUGCCGUCUGUCCCGUUGGACACAGUUUCAGUGCUGUUAAUACCGCCAAUGACUGCUUAAAGGCAAGACAACUCUCAUUCAGUGAUUGUACCCUUCAUACAGAACGGCGAGGCGGCAUAAUGGUGUGAAAUUCCUGCCUUUAGAGAGGCAGUGAAAAGGGGGCUUUUCUUGUGUCUGCACCAUAAGAAGUAAGAACAAUCAUAGUUCAUAGAAUGCUGUUUUGAGGGACUUUUUUUUUUAGUUCCUAUUACAGAGUAGGUACCCAGCACAAGAUGAACCAUUUGUGAUGUAAGUGUAAGUGCCACGCGGUACAGGCAACCGCUGUUUUAAAAAACGUUAGCCGUGUAAAAAAACAAAAAACACAAACAACAAUUCGUGACUGAAAAAACUGAACAAAACACGGACAAAUGGACCAACAGCGAAGUUCAGGCUUUACAGAGCUUAUAUGUGAUGGUGGAAAUGCAAUGCGACUUUGACUUGCCAAGUGAAAGUGACACUGCUAUACCAUGAAUGUAUAGAGAGAGCUGGAUUCAGCGUUGGAGGUGGGGCCUUGUUCAUUCCUAUGAAAGUCACACAGUGGCACAUGAAGCCAAAAAAAGUGCAACUGCCCACAGAGCAGGCGUGCAAGAAACUUCAGGCUGCUUCCUGUUUAGUGUUCUUCUAACUUGAAUGGAAAUAAAAUGAUUAAAUCAUGCUGUUCUUCUAGACUUUUAAAAUGUCACCAGAACAAAUGAAUACAAUUCUGACAGUGGAAUGAAAAGUUUCUCAGGGCUGUGAUGCUAAAAAAAUGUAUCCACUCAUUUCCAGAUGUCUCUUUCGCCAUAUAAGUCAGAAAAAAGUAUUUUCGUGCCACAGGGCAUCAUGUGAUGGUGUAAUUACACUGUUUGGCAACUACAAAAAUUGGCUUCAAAGCCUGGUGCACAUCCUGGGGGCCUGUACUAUACCAUACGCUGGCCACCUUACAAUACGUCACUGCAGCGUUCCUAUUGGCGAUGUGAGUGCAAACAGAAAAAAUCCCUUGAAGGUAUGAAAUUCUCACAAAUGGUCAGUCCCUCUGAGGGAGUCUGCAGAACUCUUUGGUCCUAAAACGCCUAUUGUUAUUUUAUCUGACAGUAUUAUUUGUUUAUGAAUUGUUCCUCUACUCUUUGUGUCUUUACUUGAAUGUUUUUAACCAAUACAAUGUGCCUUUAUCAUUAA